CGGAUCAUGCGGCGACCGGCCCAGCUCAGGCGGCCCCCCCGGUCCUAAAGGCUCCGCUGCCCGUGAGAGCCGCCGCGAUGAGCGCUCUCAGCUUCGACGAUGCCACCCUGGAGGGGCUGGCCCUGGAGCUCCGCGCGGCGAGCGACAUCGACACGGCGCUGCUCAGCGACAUCGACGACAUGCUGCAGCUGAUCAACACACCGGACAAUGACUUUUCGGGGCUGUUUGAUGUGCCGUUUUCUGCCCCUGACAGCACAGUGUCUCCGGGGCUCCCCCCAGCCCCCACCAGUUACCUGGGGCCCAGCCAGCCAUCACCCACUGGCAAUGUGUUCCCAGCCCCCCCCGUGCUGUCAGCGUUCACCCCACAGUCCCCCACCCCACUCCUACCAGCCCCCGGACCUCCAGCAGCACCGGGGGUGAAGGAGGAGCCUGUGGCCGUGCCCAGCAGCCAGCCCCAGCCCAGCGUAAUGCUGGCCUCCAGCUUCGUUCCCGCAUCCCCUGGGCAGUUCAGCUCCCAGCCCAUGGUGGGCUUCCAGAGCCAGCACAGCUUCCCUGCUGUGCAGCCUGGGGGGGCUGCGCAGAGCCCCCUGCCCACCCCACAGCCAGCCCAGCCCGUGGCACUGCCUGGCCCCGUGCAGAGCGUGGCACCGCAGCAGCUCCUGGCACCCGGCCCCGCUGCCACCACCCAGCCCGUGUCACCCCAGAUCCAGCCGGUGCCGGUGCUGCUGCAGCCCCACUUCAUCAAGGCAGAUUCCCUGCUGCUGACAGCUGUCAAGACAGAUGCUGGCAGUGCCAAGACUUCCUCCAUCACCUCUUUGGCCACCAGCAGCACCGCGGCUCCACUGCAGGUGCCGGCUCUGGUGAGUGGGGGCACCAUCCUGGCCACGGUGCCGCUGGUGGUGGACGCUGAGAAGCUGCCCAUCAACCGGCUGGCGCCCAGCGGGAAGGCAGCGCUGCUGCAGAGCAAAGGGGAGAAGAGGACGGCGCAUAACGCCAUCGAGAAGCGCUACCGCUCCUCCAUCAACGACAAGAUCGUGGAGCUGAAGGACCUGGUGGUGGGCACCGAGGCCAAGCUCAACAAGUCGGCGAUCCUGAGGAAGGCCAUCGAGUACAUCCGCUUCCUGCAGCAGAGCAACCAGAAGCUGAAGCAGGAGAACCUCAGCCUGAAGAUGGCCAUGCAGAAAAGCAAGUCCCUCAAGGACCUGGUGGCCUCCUGCGGUGCCGGCCCCAAGGCGGAGGCGCCCAUGGAGGUGGCGAAGGCGGAGGUGAUGGAGAUGCUGACCCCGCCGCCCUCAGAUGUGGGCUCCCCAUCCCGCGGCAGCCCGCUCUCGCUCAGCGGGGGCAGCAGCAACAGCAGCAGUGACUCGGAGCCUGACAGCCCCCUCUGCAACCACAGCAAGGUGAAGCAGGAGCACCCACCACCCUCACCUGGCAGUCAGGGCAUGCUGGACCGCUCCCGAAUGGCCCUCUGUGCCUUCGUCUUCCUCUGCCUCUCCUUUAACCCCCUGGCCUCUCUGCUCCGCGGCUCCAGUGCUCCGGCACCAUCUGGGAACCUGGGUACUGCUGGUCCUGGAAGAAGCAUCAUGGCUGAGUCUGGCACUGCAGAGGAGCCGUGGGGAUGGUCACAGUGGCUGUGGCCCACGCUGGUGUUCUGGGGGCUGAACGUGGCUCUGGUGCUGGGAGCGGUGGUGCGGCUCUUUGUCUAUGGGGAGCCGGUCACCCCUCCACACUCCGAAUCCUCUGUCCUCUUCUGGCGGCACCGCCGGCAGGCGGACCUGGACCUGGACCGGGGGGAUUUCGCGCAGGGUGCCCAGCACCUCCGCACGGCGCUGGGGGCCCUGGGCCGCCCGCUGCCCGCCUCCCACGGGGACCUGGCCUGCAGCCUGCUGUGGAGCCUGCUCCGCCACCUGCUCCAGCGCCUCUGGGUGGGCCGCUGGCUGGCUGCCCGCGCUGGGGGGCUGCGCCCAGAUCCCCCACCCCGCGCCCACGUCCGACAGAGCGCCCGCAACGCAGCCAUGGCCUACCACCGCCUGCACCAGCUGCACCUGGCUGGGAAGCAGGCCGGGGGGCACCUGCUGGCCAUCAACCUGGCGCUCAGUGCCGUCAACUUGGCUGAGUGCGCCGGUGACGCCGUCUCGGUGGCUGCGCUGGCUGAGAUCUACGUGGCGGCCGCACUGCGCAUCAAGGCCAGCCUGCAUCGCUGCUUCCAUUUCCUGGCUCGCCCCUUCCUCUGCAGUGCCCGCCGUGUGGCCCUGUCCCAUGGUGGGGCUGUGCCCCCCGCCAUGCAGUGGCUCUGCCACCCGUUGGGUCACCGCUUCUUCGUGGACGGGGACUGGGCCGUCAAGGGCGUCCCGAGAGAGACCAUCUACAGCUCUGCUGGUGACCCAGUGGACCCGUUGGCGCAGGUGACCCAGCUCUUCCGUGAGCACCUCCUGGAGAAGGCGCUGUACUGCGUGGCCGUGCCUGAACCUGGCCGUCCUGCUGCCCAGGGAGAGGGGCGCUUUUCGGAUGCGCUGGAGUACCUUCAGCUGCUCAAUGGCUGCUCCCAUGCCAGCAGCAUGCCCGGCCCCACACCUUCCAUCAGCUCUGGCCUGGCAGCAGUGACAGGCACCGACCCUGUGUCCAAGUGGUGGGCGUCUCUCAUCAGCACGGUCAUUCACUGGCUGAAGGGUGAUGAGGAGGGGGCUGAGCGGCUCUACCCGCUGGUGGAAGCCAUGCCCCGGGCACUGCAGAGCUCUGAGAAGCCCCUUCCCCGUGCUGCACUGCACUCCUUCAAGGCGGUCCGGGCCAUGCUGAACAAACAGGACGGCAGCCAGGCCAGCCUGAACCACUGUGAGAAGGCCAGCAGCUGCCUGCGGGAGAGCCUGGAGCUCUGCAGCCCCCCCAAGUGCACCAUCGACAAGGCGGUGCAGCUCUUACUGUGCGACCUGCUCCUGGUCACCCGCACCAACCUGUGGCAGCAGCAGAUGAGUGCCAGCCAGCAGCUGCGUGGCACCUACCAGGCAUCUGCUCUGGAGCUCCGCGGCUUCCAGCAGGACCUCAGCAGCCUGCGGCGCCUGGCACAGACCCUGCGGCCUGCCAUGCGAAGGGUGAGCCCCCCUACAACCUCCUGGCUCCCUCCUGUGCACAUGCCACGUCUAGCACAGCACACAGGGGAUGCUCAGUGCCCGUCCCUUCUCUCUGUCCCCGCAGCCGGCGAGCCGGAGAGCCACCCCACGCCACGGGAGCACGCCGAAGCACUGCUGCUGGCCUGCUGCUACCUGCCCCCCAGCUUCCUCUCAGCCCCUGGGCAGCGUGUGGGGAUGUUGGCUGAGGCCGCCCGUACGCUGGAGAAGCUGGGGGACAGGCGGACACUGCACGACUGCCAGCAGAUGAUCAUCAAGCUGGGCAGCGGCACCACCGUCACCUCGGGUUAGAGGAGGGAUGUGGGCACGUGCCACCUGCCCCCCCCCCUCGUGCCAUACGCGUGGUGGGGACGUGCGUGUCUCAGUGUCCCCCUCUCUAUGAGAUGGUGUCAGGGUGCAGUUCUUAAGGUGACGGAUGGGAGCGGCGGGGUGACGUCCCGUGUCGCCAUCCGCUGUGGGUGUUGGGGGCACAUCCCAGCGUGGGCACCCUGCUGGCUGUCCCGGUGGCCGGCGCAGUUGGGUGACGGGACGUGGGGACCUCUAGUGACAUUGUCACAGUAUUGCACGGCACUGGGGUUCCUCCUCCCAGCGCCCGCCACCCCCCUGCAAAACCCCAGCGCAAGGCUGGGGCCUUCCUCACCUGCUGCGUGUCCCUGCUCCUCCCCGUGGGUCCCACAGCACCGGGUUGGGGGGGAGGACGCACCUCAGCACUGUCCCCACUAGGGGAGAGCGGGACGGUUUGCCCCGCGGUGGCAGCUAAGAUGGCACCAUAAGGUGCCCGUGGUAGGAAAGAGGGGCCCCCCCUGCCCUCCCCCAGCACUGCCCGUUCCCCCCAUUAGGAGCUGUGCCCCCCCCCUGCAGCCCCAACCCCACACGCUUUGGGAGAAGGGGUGGCUCUGGGUUGGGAUGUGGACUGGUGGGUGCCCCCAUCCCCUUGCUGUGCCCCUACUUUGUAUAUAGCUCCCUGCUGUGCCCCACUUCACCCUUAUCCCCCCCCGCCACUUCCCCCUUGCCUUUUUAAACGGUAUUUUCAUAGUUGCAGAGUUUUGUACAGUGAAUUAAAGCCAAUUAUUUAUA